CCCAACCUCUGCCCCCCGGCCAUGAGCUCCCGAACGCCAUGGCGGCUCUGCGCCUAUAGCCAGCGCCAACAGGUCCAAUGCCCGCGCCAUUGGACCCCUUUCGCAACGUCGUCGGCGCCCUGGCAGCAGCAGCGAUCCAUCCACAAUGACGGCCCCAAGAGCUUGAACCCCCUCGUUAACCCCCCCGAUGUGACCCGACCACCGCCGCUCACCCUCCCACGACGCAGGGACUGCGAUUCGGCGCCGAAAUACUACUUUGAGCUGGGAAAGGGAUAUCUUCGCUUCUACAAGGACGGCCUCAAGAAUGUGUGGGCGAGCCGUCGUCUCCUCCGCGAAAAGCUCCAACGGACCCCCGCCGACGACCGACCCUCGAUAUUCAGACCAUACUAUGUCCCCAAGACCUUUUCCAGGGCUGAUUGGGUUCUCCUCUGGAGAGUCAGGCACGACAUGAUACGACUGCCUCUGUUCGGGCUCAUGUUGAUCGUGAUUGGGGAGUUCACCGUACUUGUGGUCGCAUACGUCGAUAGUGCGGUGCCGUACCCUUGCAGAAUACCGACCCAGAUCUUUACAGCCCUCGAAAAGGCCGAGCAGCGUCGCAAAGCAGCAUUUGACGAAUUCGAGGCAAAAUACCCUAACGGCGUGCUGAGCCCCCGUGUCACGCAAUCCGUUGCGCGCGCCCAUGUUCUCAAGAGUCUGCACCUUAGCGGAUCGAUCUGGGACCGUUUAGGAUUCCUCCCGCCCGGUAUGUGGCAGGCAAAGGGACGUUACCGCAUGGCAUACUUAGAAGGCGACGACAAGAAUAUUAUCGAGGAUGGCGGGCCCAUGGGACUUCAGUACGAUGAGCUGCGGAUCACAUGCGCAGAACGCGGGAUUGAUACUCUUGGGAAGAGUGAGACGGAGCUGAGAGGCUGGCUCGGCGACUGGCUGCGGUUGACAGCAUCUGAUGAUAUUAUAGAAAGGAGGCGACGCAUGGCGGUGCUGUUCCUAACCAGACCCGAAAACUGGCCCCAGCACCGAGACUUUGGCGUCCCUGAAUGGCAGUUGUAG